CUUUCCCUUCCAUUAAUCAGAAACUGCAAGUUUGCUCUUCAUCUCUUAGUGUUGAGACUUGUCCCCCAGCUUUUGUAAUUAAUGGGAAGGAAAGGUGUCCUCAACAGAUGACUGCAUCAAAGUUGCUUCUAUCUAUUAACUGUGUGCAACCUGGACAUAAACCUGUGCACAUGUUCUCUAACAAAAUGCAUGUUCACAGAUUUGUACAGGUCACAAAGAUGUUGUGUGUUUUAAAACUCCCUGAUGUCAUCAUGAUCAACUGAAUUAUGUUGGAAAAUCCUACUCUUUGCAUCUGCAAAGAGAAACCACUUAUUGAGCCGGAUAGUGCGUAUCAAGGGGGAGUAUUUUUUCUCACUGUACACUUUCCAACAGACUAUCCUUUCAAGCCACCAAAGAUUGCUUUUACAACAAAAAUAUACCACCCAAACAUAAACAGUAAUGGAAGUAUCUGUCUUGACAUCCUGAGAUCACAGUGGUCACCAGCUCUGACUGUAUCUAAAGUUUUAUUGUCCAUAUGCUCCUUGCUUUGUGAUCCUAAUCCAGAUGAUCCUCUAGUACCGGAUAUUGCACAGAUCUACAAGUCAGACAAGGAAAAAUACAACAGACAUGCAAGAGAAUGGACGCAGAAAUAUGCAAUGUAAACUUAUGAAGACUUUUUCAUAUACUACAGAGUACUGUAAAUUCUAGUUUUUUUUCAAAUUAGAAGGAAAUGGAGCACAGUUUACUGUUUGUGUAGCACGAUGCCCUUUUUUCCUUUUUCUCUAAACCCAUGUAAUGUGUUCUGGAACAAGGGAAAACAAGCUUCUAAAUAACCUUAAGACUGAUAAGAAUAUCUUUUUUGUAUGCUUGCAGAAGACAUUUAUUAUGGUUUUUAAGAGUUGGACAUCUGCAUCUCCAGAUUGCAAGAUCCAUAAUGCAGUUGUAAAGCAACCAAAUUAUUUUUGUUGGAAAAAGUAGCUGUUUUUAAUGUGAUAAAUACUGUAUGUGUGUCUUUAAGAUAUGUUGUCUGUUUCACAAGUGUGUUCAAAUUUCAUUUUGUUAGUUCAUUUAUGUAAUUUGUAUAUUUCUACUGUAUAGACUAAAGAUUUUAUUUACUAUGUAAGUCACUUCAUUUUAGACUUACUUUCUUGUGCACAGUGUUGACAAAAUACAACUGCUAGUAACGAAAAUAAUUGGGAUAUCCAACCUGUUAGGAUAUUCUAAAGACUGACUUUAGAUUUCUUAAAACCUAAAAUGAUCUUUGCACUGUAAUUCUUAGUACGCCAAUUAUGGAGAAACACUUGUUUUUGAUUCUGUUGCAUACUUGACUUAAUUUUUUUGCAAUGUGAACUAAUUGCACUGCUAUGUAGAAAGAUAUGUAACUGUUUUGUUGCUAUUCACAACUGGUUUUUACCUGUAGGCAACUUAACCUUCUCACAGACCUUUUACAAAUCUAAAUGUAGCCUUUUCCAUAUAAAUAAAAUGCAUUUUCUACUA